AUGUCGCAACCUCUCCAACAAGUCAGCAGCAGCUCUGAAGAUGAGCUUCUCUCGGAAUUUUCAAAUAUCCUGACGCCGACAAUCGCCACCAUCGGUGACUCCCAAAAAAUCGGUAAUACGGAGCUAUCUGGUCAAUUUGAGAAUGAAACAGGGACUGGAGAAAAGGAUGAGAAAGAGCAGAUGCAGAAGUUGCAAUCCGCCAUCAACUGCCACCAAGACGAAUUCGAAGUACUCAACGACAAAAUCCAAUCACUGAAAAACAGAGUGUUUGAUCUGGAAUUUGAAGCACAAGAAUAUCGAAACGAAAUUCGUGAGAAUCAAGAAAAGAUCGAGAAUCUUGAGAUGCGGAAUGUGGAAAAUGAAACUUAUUAUCUGGAGGCAAUUGAACUGUUGGAAAAAGCAAAAAAUGUGGAUUUCAUCGCUUAUGACGGAGCUAAAAUGAAGGAGUUAAAGCAGGAGAAUAAGGAAUUAAAGGGGAAGAUUGAAGAGCUCAAGGGGGAGUUGAGUGAGGAGAGAAGACGGAAUCUCACAGUGUGUAGAUCAAAAAUUCAAGUGAAAUUCGAUGAACUCUCUUACUACAUGAAGCAGUUAGAUCUCUACCAAGAAAUUGAGAACCGUGAUGAAAAGUUGAGAGAGAAAGAUAAGGAGAUUGUGAAUUUGCAACUUGAUGUGCUUGAUUUGAAGCUGAAAAUCCAGAAACCAAGCAGUCUCGUCAAGCAAAACACUCAACUGGUUGAAAAAAUCAAGGAGGCGAAGAAGACUAUUCAGAAAUUGGAGCAUGAAGCUAUACUCUCUGCAGAGAAAGGUCAAGAUUUUCCAACUGAUCCCACGGCUACAGAAGAUUCCUCUUGCGUCUCUAAAGCUGAGUACAACCGGAAGGUCUACGAGUUGGAGUACGCUAAUGAGCAGAUUGCGAUGAUUUUGGGGGAUCAAGAGGAGAAGAAGAAAAAGGAGGAUGAUGAUGAGAAAAAGAUGUUGAGAGGACAGAUUGAGGAAUUGAAUGAGACGAUUCGGCUGAUGUCGCAGUGGUGA